CUCUCAUCAAGGCUUUGCUAUCGUUCCACCCGCUCAAGUUAGGUUCAAGAUCCCUUCUCCGCCGCAUAGGCUAUAUUACGUUUGUUGCCCAUGUCAUUGCCAGCGAAAGUUGAUAGCUGGAAUGUUGGGUACCCUUUAAAAGGAUGCCAGCUCUCAGUUUUAUGCACUGCGUCUAUUGGCAGCACCAGUUUGUUGUCGUUAGAUCUGUCUUACCGUUGUACUGCAUUCACCAAUGGCCCUACCCACCCAGUUCGCAGAAAGCCUUUGGGUGCGGACAUCAUUCUCCGCAGCAGGCCACACUUUGCUAGUCUAUGACUAUCUUCUAACUUUCAAAUAUGAAGUCUUCUACAUCUGGAACGCCCCCUGGACGGUCGUUAAAGUCUUGUUUCUUCUCAACCGUUAUGGAAACCUUAUUGGGCAGACUGCCAUCCGGUUGGAAGAGGCCGGUCUCCUGGCACAGAAUUCUCAAGAGUUCUGCCAACGCUUCGCAUUUUUCACCACUUGCUUUAUGUAUCUAUCCACAGAAUCGAUUCAUAUCGUUGUGCUCGUGCGAGCGUGGGCCAUCUGGGGAACUCGGAAGCGUGUGACAAUGAUCCUCAUCUGGAGCUACAUGUUAUACGUCGUCGUGCUGUUGGCUGUCUCAGCAAAUGUUGUGAGCAGCAGUCGUAGUCCGUAUCUGUACCUCGACGUAAUUCACGUUUGCGUGGUGACAGUGCCAAAAUUUGUGGUGUGGGUGAGCUAUGUCGGAAGCUUCAUUCUCGAUGUAAUACUCUUCGUCUUGACCAUGCGAAGUCUCUGGAAAUACUCGAGGGAAUUUCAGCAUCUGUACCCCUCUAAUCUUCUCCAUGUUCUCUUUCGAGACGCGGCCAUAUUUUUCAUUGCUAGUAUGUUCAGUAAUGCAUUGAUUGUCGCCUCCUGGACUGCGUUUCGGGAAGAUCCAAAAUAUUUCCUUGGUAAAGGGUUCGCGACUCCGUUACUUUCAGUGGCUGGUCAGCGCCUAGUUCUGAACCUCCGAGGUCUCAAAACGCGUACUUACACAACCCGCGAUAUCAGCCGUGAAGUGGACCGGCAACUUCAAGCAUUCGCUGAAGCAGAGUCUCCAGAUGGAGAUGACAUCGAAGAGGUAGAACGUGUGCGAGAAUAGUUCUGUAUAGAAAUAUGUGGAAAUCGAUUCAAUGUUGCUGACCUUGGUGCUUCCUCUUGUCUUUUCCUUUUCCUUUGCGUUUCCAUAUUUAUUUUAUAUUUUCGUAUUCAGUAUAAGUAGCACAGGGCCACAUCCGUGGUCUGUUGUUUUUGGCACGCGAUCUGAAUGAAGUUGUGCCUUGGGGUAAGCGCUAGCCUGCGAUCC